UCAAAGCGGAAGUGUGUCAUAUGAGCGGAUGUGUGCGUGUUGUUACUGAGCAGUGAUGAUGACGUAGUAAGGAGGGAGAGCUGUCAUAUCAGUGGCAUAUGGAGUAUCAUCACUAUAAAGUGUUUAAAACAGAAAUGGGGUACUCAGACGCGUCCGGCGCGGUCUUCAGCUGAUGAUACGGAGAAAAGGCGCGUUCGAAGAGCAAACCAGCUGCUGAAUCAGGGGAUGGAGGCGCACUGUUCAGGCCUCGGCAGGAAGAGGAAGAGAGAGGAGUUGAAUGGCGAGAUGGAGGCAGAAUGUUUCCAAAAACUUCCACGGCGGACUUUGGGCCUGACUGAACCUGCACCAUUCGCUGAUGAGCUGCUGGCUGCAAAAACCCCAUAUGUCCGUGUUAGCAUGGAAGAAGCCCGCCGUGGCACUCCAGAGGGCCGUCCAGUUCGCGUCUAUGCUGACGGGAUCUUUGACAUGUUCCAUUCAGGACACGCUCGUGCUUUGAUGCAAGCCAAGUGCCUUUUCCCCAACACGCAUCUCAUUGUGGGUGUGUGCAGCGAUGAUUUGACGCAUAAAUUUAAGGGUUUCACUGUCAUGAACGAGGAUGAGCGUUACGACGCAGUGAGUCACUGUCGUUAUGUUGAUGAGGUGGUCCGCAGCGCUCCAUGGACACUGACACCUGAAUUUCUGGCCGAGCACAGAAUAGACUUUGUCGCCCAUGACGACAUCCCAUACAUCUCAGCAGGAAGUGAUGAUGUUUACAAACAUAUAAAGGAGGCUGGUAUGUUCGCACCAACUCAGAGAACCGAGGGCAUCUCCACAUCCGACGUAAUCACACGAAUCGUACGUGACUAUGAUGUUUACGUGCGCCGCAACCUGCAGAGAGGCUACACUGCCAAAGAGCUGAACGUCAGCUUCAUCAACGAGAAGAAGUACCACCUGCAGGAGCGCGUGGACAAGGUGAAGCAGAAGGUCCGAGAUGUGGAGGAAAAGAGUAAAGAGUUUGUGCAGAAGGUGGAGGAGAAGGGCAUCGACCUCAUUCAGAAAUGGGAGGAGAAAUCACGGGAGUUCAUCGGGAACUUCCUGCAGAUGUUCGGACCGGACGGGGCAUUGAAGCACAUGUUGAAAGAGGGAAAAGGACGGAUGUUACAGGCCAUCAGUCCCAGACAGAGCCCCAGCAGCAGUCCCGUCCGCGAGGAGCGCUCGCCGUCCCCCACCUUCCGUCUUCCCUUCUUCACCUCCUCACCAUUCUUUUCUCCUCCUCCUCAUCACAGCAGCACACACUGCACAGGCAAAGAUGAGGACGACUAGCUCGACAUCCGUUCUAGAAACCAAGCUCACAACCAGCUCUUCAUGUUUUCUACGCUUUCUUUAAGCCAUUUUGAGUUGCCAAGAAUAUAAAUGAAGGAUGGACUAGCUCAAGAUUUAUUUGAAUAUGAAAAAUGUUGAAAUGCACAAUAGUGACCAAAUUAUUCCACCCGUACUUUCUAAAGGUUUUGAUCCCACGUCUCCCUCUCGCUUCAGAGAGAUUUGCCACACACCACUAAACCGAAAAGCUCAUAUUGUUGUUCUUUUCCUUGGAUCGUAUUCGACCUGGAACUUGCAUAAUUAUGCAUUUUUAGCGCUUCUCAUUUUUUUGUUUCACAACACAGCGUCUGCUUGCACGUAAUCUCAUUCUCAAUUGUGCAUAAAACUCACCCUCACCUGCCUUCAUUGUCCAGAUCUUUUCAUACUUGAACAGGGGCCCAAAUUUGAGACUAUUUCCAGGAUGGGGGAGGGAUCCCGGCACAGAAAUCGUCUUUGUAUAGUUCUAGAAUGUUUCUUCUCAUUUUAUGCUGGUUACUGUAUUUCAUCUCAGCUUAUGUUUUUACUUUCAAUCAUUCUUUUUGAACAUUCGUGUGUCUUUCUGACCUUUUUAUGUUUCUGCUAAAGUUCAUUAGGUGUUUUUCCUCAUAUGAACUCUCUCUCUCUCUCGGACUCUGAUGUGAAGUAAUAAUUUCGGGGCCUGGCAGUGACGGCGUCUGGCACCCACAUUUAAACCCUGUGCUAGUCUGUGGCACGGGUCCCAGUCUUUUUGGAAAGGCUUUGCUUUGCUUGAAUGUUUACUUUACCAAGCCUGCUGAGGGACAGUGUUAACACGAAAGACUACCAGGCCCUGUUGGUUUACAUGUUCACAUAGGACAAGAAGAUGACCUUAGGAUUAUGUGUUUGCCAGCAGACCAAAAGACAACUUUGACAUUCUUGUGGUCAGGAACAUUGAUUUGAUUUGUUUUAGAUGAUCUUUGAGAAUCAAAAGGACUGUGAAAGCUCUUGAAAUAAUUUUUUUUUUUUGUAUUGUCUUGUGGCUUGUUACUUAUUCAUGGGGAUCAAAAAACACUAUGUACUACAGCACCUUUAAUGUCCAAUAACAUAAGAUUUU